UAAAUUUAAACGUGUAAGGGUCUGAUAAAAAAAUAAUUGUAAGAAGAGGCUUUGAAACCACACGCAACGCUCUAUUUUCUGUUUUGUGAUGACUUGCUAUAUCUCUGUUUCCUUCAUGCAGCUACAGAGACAGAAAGCUCAGCUUCAAAGAGAAAUGGAUAGCAAAAUCCAGGAGACAAAAAACAACCUAAUGGCAGCUUCACGUAAACAAGUGGAAGAGCUGCAGCAAGCACAUGAUCAAAAGAUCAAGGAACAGAAGAUUCUUGACGAGAAAAGAAAGCUGAUGGAAAGCCAGCAAACAAAGUCCAUCAUUCCUGCACGAACUGAAAGCACCACCAUCACCAGACGAGCACUCGCCGCUGAUCAGAUCACCGCGUACGCGCCAGGCUUCAUGGCUAGUUCCAGACUCCAGCGAAUGGAAAAACCUCAACUGAAUGAGUCUGAGAAAGAUGAACUUUUGAGGAAAUUACAAAAACUGGAGAAAAAACAGAAAAGUGAAAUCCUUAGGUUACAGAAGGAACUUGAAAGAGUUAAUAAAACUUGGGAAAUGAAGGUCACCAUUUUGCAACAAACACUACACGCUCUGAAGGAUGAGAGCUUCCUAAGAACCACAUUGCAAAGACAAGCGGCCAGGCUCCAGCAUGCUGCUGUAGCGUACGCGAGUGAUGGUCCUGCUGUUAUCGUCUCGAAUAGGAGAAUUCAAGGAAAAACGUACAGAACUUUAGAACGGCCUGGCGGAACAAAGGAGACGAUACCUUAUAAGAAGGCUGACAGACUUGGUGCAGACUCGCCUUUCAGUGAAGAUCGCCCCACUCCUGCUCCGCCAGCGGAAGGCGAACAACCUCUAACAAGCAAUGGAGAAACCAGCAUGAACGCAAAUCCAGGAAGUAGUGGGAUCAUCUCUCGUGAAGUGAAGAAUGAAAGCUCGUCUUUGCUUUUGGAAAGUUCCACUCCAGCUAAACCAGUCGUUGAUGCUGUGUAAGGAAUUUUGCUUAUUUCCCCAGUGUGCAAUCUCUUCAAUGAGGGUGUAGAUUAUUUGCGGUGCGCCUGUGUUUAGAUUGUAAAUAUGACUUACUUGAUAGAGACAAUUAAAUUAUUUAUUCUCUCGCA